CAAUCGAACUGUUGGUAGUCGCGAUGCCCGAACCCGCCAAGUCGGCUCCGGCGCCGAAGAAGGGCUCCAAGAAGGCGGUGACCAAGGCGCAGAAGAAGGACGGCAAGAAGCGCAAGCGCAGCCGCAAGGAGAGCUACUCGGUGUACGUGUACAAGGUGCUGAAGCAGGUGCACCCCGACACCGGCAUCUCGUCCAAGGCCAUGGGCAUCAUGAACUCGUUCGUCAACGACAUCUUCGAGCGCAUCGCGGGCGAGGCGUCCCGCCUGGCGCAUUACAACAAGCGCUCGACCAUCACGUCGCGGGAGAUCCAGACGGCCGUGCGCCUGCUGCUGCCCGGGGAGCUGGCCAAGCACGCCGUGUCCGAGGGCACCAAGGCCGUCACCAAGUACACCAGCUCCAAGUGAACUUGCCAAGUAAGCGUCUUCAGCUAACCUAACCCAAAGGCUCUUUUCAGAGCCACCUAUAUUUUCAUCCAAAGAGUUGUAACGUUAAGUAUACUUUUGACAUUGAAUUUGUUUGAAGACCGGCCUUUUAUAGGAGAAACAACCGAUGCCCACCCGCGUAGUAAAAGCACGUACGUCUUUUUCUGCUUCAAAACUUAUAGUCUCUCUUGUCCAUGUUACAGGGCCUGGAACUUUGCACACAUUCAAUUUCCAUUUCAGUCUACAGAAUGCUAUGGAAGCUGGGAAGGAGUUAGAAGGUGCCCCUGUUCUCUCCCUACCCCUAGGUCUUGUAUCCUGCCAGUAGCAAUUAGUUCCACCACCCUCUGAUUUCUACGCUCCCAGAAAUGUUUCCAUUCCUGUCCCUCCUAAGUUGUCAGCCUGAAUUCCACUUGGCCUCUUCCAAAUUUACAGGUUGUAUAACUUUUUCUUUUCUUUGUGCCCCAAGCCCCUACUUUUGCCUUCAAUUGUCUCUGGGAUACCUCAGUUUUGGCUGAAAAACCUGGGUAGCUUUUAAUUAAAUUAUAUUUGUAAAAAUCAAUACUUUUCCAUUUUCCUGAGAGAUGCAUGGCUCCAAGCUCCAUUGUUUUAAAUAAGGGCCACGACUACUUUACAUUUGAAAGCAUUUGUUUAUUGCAUUUCCUCUUUCCAUCAGGCACUUUGAUAAUCAUGUAAGAUAUUUUCUUUGCUUUCAAGGGACUAACAGUCUCAGGUUUACCACCAUCAGUUCUCCCAGGCAGGGGAAGUAUUCCAGGAUAUAGAAGUGAAUUGAAUUUGAGGGCAGCGGCAGUCCUAUGGAAUGUGGGGUUUCCUCUCCUAGCCUAACCAAGCCUUUCUUCUUGGCUGACUCAGGACACGUAAGGAAAGCUGAACAAGGAAUGCACCAAGAAAAGAGGUAUGUAGCUUAGUGCUGGAGAGAGGAGAUAAUCUAUGUAAAAAUACUAAAGUGUUGACAAAUCUACUUGAUGUGAAGUGUCUUUGAAUUCUAUCCAGACACCUUUGAAAGAGAAGACUUUGGUGCGAAGGUUCUGCCAUGUAAAUGAGCUUUGGUUCUCACACCCACUGUGCCUCACUUUAUAAAAUGAGGCUAUUACUAAAUAUUACUAAGUAAUAAAUAAUUAAAAUAAACUAUGGACACUUGUGAAAACAAAAUGCAAUAAUUUAUAAUAAAAAUACACAUUUUAGAGGAAUUUACAAUUCAGAAGGUUUUUAUGAACAUUAUGAGGCAAAGUUUUCCAUUUCUCCCAUAUUUCAUAUAUAAUAAAUGCAAGCUUUUUGAAGUAGAGUUAUAAUCAGAAGUAAUAAUACUACAACGAGUGGAGCAAGUGUUACUCCAUGAAAUUAGAAUUGCUGCUCUUAAAUCCAGACAUCCUAAACACCAGGAAGAAAGGAAACGUAAAAUGCUGCUCUCAAAAUUAGAGAACCUUCAACAUUAUGGGAGCCUGCAAUAUUUAGGAAGAAUUUACACGCAUCUAUAACAAUUCUGAUAAUAAGUAUACAUUUAAAUUUACAUAUAUGUGUAGUUGUAAUCUUAACCUCAAUGAAUACAGAAUCAAUUCUUAAGCUAUGGGGGGGUAUUAAUUUCCUAUUGCUGGUCUGACAGGUUAUCACAAAUUUAGCGGCUUAUAUCAGUAAAAAUUUAUAAUUUCAUAAUUCUGUAGAUCAGCAUUUGGGCAUGGAUCUCACGUGUCAGGAAAUCUGCAUUCUUCUCUGGGGUCUAUCAAAAGAAAUCUGUUUGUCUGCCCUUUCCAGCUCCUAUCAGCUAUCCUCUUUCCUUGGCUCAGGGCCCCUUUUCUCAGUUUUCAAGGCCAGCUAUCUCUGGCCAAAGCCUCGGGCUGUUAUCUCUCUGGUUCUGUACUCAGGUUCCCUCAUCCAAUUUUAAGUAUCCAUGUGAUUAUACUGGGUUCACUUGGAUAAUCCAGGAUAAUCUCUCUUUUAAAAAAUCAGGUGAUUUGCAAUCUUACUACCAUCUGCAACAUUAAUUGCCCUCUGUCAUGGAACCUAACAUAUUCACAGACCCGUAGAGGUUCGGAGUUAAAGAUAAUCGUGAUGGUAUUUUUCUGCCUAGCACCAUAGGUCACAGUGUUUUUAGAAUUUGAUAGAAAGCUAUAUACUUCCUGUUCUACAAGCGGGAAGAAUAAAUGGAUGCACUACCAUAUAUACUUUCAGGGUGAUCUUGUACUCUGGGAAAGGUCAUACAUACCUUGUUUACUUCUGGGAAUACAUAAAGCAAAAAUUGACUAUAACAACAGAAGCUCUCAUAUACAGUUUCCUGGUAUUGUUAGAUUUCAUUCUUUUACAUUUCUUUCCUUGUUGCUUUUGUUUUGUUUGAAGAUGUAUAUGUUCUUUGUGUAUGUUGUUUUGUGUGUGUGUGCGCCCGCAUUUGUGUUGUGUGGGGAGUAGAAAGUUUGUUAUUCAUGGAAGAAAUUAUACAAGAAUAUAAAAUAGUUUUACUUUUUCCCUACCUGGGUUGAACCCCUAAAAAUAUUCUGUAUGUUCAUCCUUAGCAUUUAAUUCAUGUGGCAUACCAUUCAUGGCAGUUUAUAACUUUAAGUACAUUUCUAAUUACAAGGAGAAAAGUGUAAAUUUCCAUCACCAUUAUUAUAUAUGUCUGCCUAUGCUAGGGCAGUGGUAGUGUUACUAGAACGACAUAUGAAAAAUUUUUUAAAGAUUUUAUUUAUUUAUUUAUUUAUUUAUUUAUUUAUCAGAGCAGGGUG